UGGCGGAAAUUCCCGGUGUUCCACUUAACGAAAAUAUGCCUUGCACCGUGCAACGAAACAAACUCCGCCCCCUUUUUACGGAUAGCCAAUGAGUUAGCAAUGAGUUGCGCAAGCGACUGGAUAAUAGUAAAAACAAUCAGUUGCGUACUGCUCUGCAUCCCUGCGUGUUGUUACUGCCGCUGUCUUUGUUAUGCGUUUUAAGUUUUACGACCUCUGUUUGUUUUUUGGACUUUUGUGAUUUGUGCCUAUUAGUGACCUCUGCUUGUUUUCCGGACUGAUAGAUCGCCUUACGUUUACCUGUGCUAGAACCCUGGACUUAAUCUGUAAUCAUUUAACAUAAUGCCGCGUAAUCUUCUUGCUGAAGAAAGAGAACAAAUCAUCGUUUUGCAUCGGGAAGGUUUCAACAUCUCUCAAAUAGCGGAUGAACUUAAUGUUGCAAGAGCUACAGUACGCCGGUGGGUGGAGCGCUACGAGAACGAAGGCUCGCUGUUAGAUCGAGUACGAAUCAUGCCGUUGCGUGUUGCGCAGCAGCCCCAAAUAAAUCAGAUGUUGCAACACUACUCCGAGCAGCCCUUCACUGCUACAAAAGUUUUUGCUCAAAAAUUUGAGUGCUCGGUAAAAACCAUUCGCAAUUAUCUACACAGAAACGGUGUCCAUAAUAGGACACCAGCUAAAAAAAUUGGAUUAACAGAAGAGCAUCGCACCGCAAGACUACGUUUCGCUAGAGAGUUUAGAGAUUUCGAUUUUUCAAACGCCAUAUUUUCUGACGAAAAAUGUUUUAAGUCCAAUCAAUGUGGACGUCAGAAUUAAUGGCGAGCAAAUAAUACAAGGUAUGCUCCUCAAAAUGUAAUUUCAAAUACCCAGUCGGGCAGAAUAACAGUAAAUAUGUGGGGUUGGAUGAGUUCCGCGGGACCCGGGGAGCUAGUUUUUAUACCCGGGCGAUCAAAUGGCCACGUAUACCGAGAGAUUUUACAGGACGUAAUGUUACCAACAGUGCGCACGGUGUAUCCCGUCGAAGAUUUUCCUGGAAUUAACUUCAUACAAGAUAAUUGUCCGAUACACCGUGCGCGCGUGGUCAGGGACUGGUUUGAGUCUCAUAGCGAAGUUCAAACGAUUUUGUGGCCAUCAAAGUCGCCGGAUCUCAACCCGAUUGAAAAUUUGUGGGCGCUCAUGGUCCAAAAGUGGGACAGUAGAAAUGAGCGCUGCAAAGAAGAGCUAGUAGCCCACUGUGAAAAAAUUUGGGAAUCAUUUAGAGGAUCAGACUUAUGUCAAAACAUAGUCCUCUCUAUGCGAGAUAGGUGCGAUGCCGUCAUAGCUGCGAAUGGUGGACCGACAAAAUACUAGAAACAUACGUAUAACAUAGGAAUCGUAUGUUUCUAAUAUUUAUAUAAAAAGUACUCGUAUAUUAGUAUAAAA